UUUAUGACAUAUGACGUAUGUGCCUAUGUCCAUAAAUUUCUUCCAUUCCUCCUAUUUUUGCUUUCUAGUGGUGCUUGGUUAGUUGGAUUGUGGGCCUUCAAGUUUCAUUCAUUUGGCGACCUUUAUCAACUUUCCUAUUUGCAUCUCAGUUACACCAAAAACUCUAGAAACUAAUUAUAUUUUCAGCUAAAAUGUCCAGAAUACAAAACGUCGCAAUUGCUGUGUUAUUUAUAAUUAGCACAGUUUCUGCACAAGGGUCCAAGUUAAAGGAUUCCGAUACUGACAUAAAUGAUCAACCUGCUCCUAUUCCACCUAUUACAGAAAUUAAUCAUAUAUCUGUUAGUACUGAACCUCCAAAAGGGAGUGAUACAACUACCUCACCUACCACAACAACAACAAAUAAAACAACUACACCUACAGAAAAACCUAGUACUACUCCUGUCACUCCCAUAACCACUACUAAGGCUCCUGAACCUACAACAGUGUCUACAACUACCAUCACACCAACAACAACAUCUUCUACUCCAAAGCCUAUCACUGUUACGACUGCAAAACCAACAGGGGCACCACCAACUACGCCUGUUCCAUCUCACAGAAGGUUUGACGGACCAAGCUUCAUCGGCGGAAUUGUUUUAGCUUUAGGGCUUGUCGCAAUUGGAUUUGUUGCUUUCAAAUUUUACAAGGCGCGCACUGAACUGAAUUACCACACACUCUAAAUCAUCUAAGAUAUUUAUUUGCUAAUUAUUUAAAUUUUGUAUUUAAACCGCAUACGAGUAUAUUUGCUGAGAAUAGGUUUCCAAUAUUUAUUUUGCAUUUAUCAAUAAUAAAUACUAAUUCCUUCUAAUUAUUUGAAUUUACAAAAAGAAUCAGUUUAUCACUGUUUCCAUUAGAGAUAUCUUACUCUUAAUAAUGAUGUAUUUUUAUAAAUAUCUCCAAAGAUUAAGUAUAUUGUAGCGUAGCUGUUAAAGAAAAAUGCCGUUAUAGUUUAAGUUUGAAAACUUAAGUUAUAGUUAUAUUAAUAAGAAAGAAAAAGACAUUAGCUUUCUUUAUUCCUUGUCUUUACCUUUGGAAAAAUUUGACUGAAAUCAAUUUUGAGUACAAAUUAUGGCCACUAGUAGCGUUACUUAUUUAUUAAAUAUUUUGAAAUAAAAUAACCUAUUCUCAGUACUAUACUGCAUUUCUUUGUUACAUUUUUUGUUUUACCUAUCUUGAAUGUGUCGAUCUGAUAUUUUUGUGAUAUAUUUUUUUUAUUUGAUCCAUUUUUUGUACUGAUACGAUGUUUUCUUACGGGUGUGUAAUAUUACAUGUCGCAUUAGUACGAUUAAUGUGGUUCUUUUAGUCACGAAUUAAAAAUUGCCUUUUAAUUUUGUGAUAUAAAAGGUUCUCUUUCAUUUAUGUGAAAAUCGAUAUAUAUAUUUGAUAUUAAUUUUAACAGAUCAAUGUCUCUUAUGUAAAUAAUUUACUGAAAUAUGAAUUAUUGUAAGUGAUUGUAACUCAAAUAUUUUAUUCUGUCCGUUAAAAGUGCUCUUAAUAGAGUAGUAAUUUACUCAAAGAUGAAUUUAUAAGGGUGCGCUAGUUUGUAAUAUUUUUAAAGAUCUAUCACGUAAUUCGGUGUUAUGUAUGAUAAAUUCUCAGCGAUAUUUUUUCUAAGUAUCACUUCAUUUUUACAACUUAAUAGUAACUAGGUGUAGCGAGUCUCACGUUUGGUGCAAUUAGUUUUUCAGUGUCCUACAGUUUUGUUAUUGUCUGAUUAAAGAUAUUACUUAAA